AUGGCGGAGGCCUUCCUGGAGCGCGCCACCAGCUUGUUUGAGCGCGCGUGCCAGCUGGACCCAGUGAGCGUGGCGGCCGUGGGGCAGCUGGGGAACGCGCUGCUGGCUCACGGGGAGGUGAAGCUGAGGACCGUGCAGCUGCUGCGGGCGCAGUCACCGCUUGCGGGUUUACUGGGAGGAGCGGGUGGGGCGAGGGGAGAGGGAGUGGGGGGGGUGGGAGCAGGAGGGGGAGGGGCAGCGGGGGUGUUGGGAGGAGCCGGGGGUGGGUUGGCGAUGGGGGCGUUGUCAGCAGGGGCGGUGCCAGUGGGGGGGCUGUCGGGGGUGCAGCAGGAGCAGGUGGCGAGGGAGGCGGCGGCUGUGAUGGACCGACUGGCUGAUGAGUGCGAGCAGCUGCUGGUGCAGGCCGGCCGGCAGUACCGCCAGGCGCUCAGCAUGGACAGGAGGGAUGCCCGUGCGCUCUUCAACUGGGGGCUGGCCCUGUGCUAUCGUGGGCAGCUCGUGUCAGAGGAGGCUGGGGACAAUGAGGAGUACAAGGCACUAGCGGAUCGCAUGUUCUGUGCCGCCAUUGACAAGUUUGAGGCCAUGCUCUCCAUGACCGACCGCUGGCAUGCCAGUGCUCUCCUCAACUGGGCUCUGGCUCUCAGGGACCGCUCGCGCCUGCGCCCCCUCUCCUCCGUCUCGCGCCUGCGCUUAACUCAGGAGGCCCUGCAGCUGCUGCGGCAGGCCGCUAAGAGAGACUCUCCGCUAAGCGACGGAUCCCCCAGAGACCCGACGUUCUCGGAGGUGCGGAAUGCGCUGGUGCUGUGUGAAGCUGAGGUGGCGAAGCUGAAGGAAAUGGUGGGGAGGAGUGCGGAUGGUGGGAGAGGGAAUGGGGGGCGCGACAUGGGAGCGGGUAGAGUGCUGAGGCCUGGGAAUGAUACAAACAUGCCCGGCUGGUAG